UGUAAAAACAAAAAAAUGUCUCUUCAUUCCUCAUUUGGCUAUGAUAGUCUUCGCUCAGUCAUUUUUGCAAAAGCAAUUAAAAAGUGUGAAUGUACUAAUCAACGUUAAUAUUAUAGAAAUUUAAAAUGAGUAUUAUUCAUCAGAAAGUUGUUCCGAUAUUAAGAGUAGCAUUUCUUCUGAUUCAGAAAAACAUAUCUUUGACAGGUAUUAUAUCAUUUAACAUUAUUUCUAGAGAAUUUGCCUCUGAAUCUGCUGAAUCAAAAAUUGUCUUCAAUAAUCAACAAUCUCCUCUCUCUUAGUUUAAUACUCAACAAUGAAUAUAAAUAAAUAAACAAUUAUAGAAAAAUACAUAAUCA